CACCCAAUCCGUUUGUUUGCCCUGGAAGCAGAUUAGACUCCCACAUGUAGAGGCUGGACUUCUACGAGUUUACGUGCUCGGAGUUUUGUCUGAGCUGUUUUUUCACUGACCCUUUCAUUUCACGUGUAAACGGCUGACACCUGAUGACGCAAUGAACAGAUGGCCGACGUCAUGGAUCUGGAGAAUGAUGGAGAUCUACAGUCUCAAUUCGAAGAGGUCGAGGCUCUGUCAUCUAUAUAUGGUGAUGAAUGGUGCGUUAUAGAUGAAGCGUCCAGAAUAUUUUGCAUCAAAAUAUCCAGCAAUUUGGAGGAGCGGAAACUGACGGCGUGUUUGCAGAUAAUUCUCCCACCUGAUUAUCCCAGCGCGGCCCCCCCCAUCUACCAGGUCAAUGCAGCGUGGUUGCGAGGCGCUGAGAGGGCCAAAUUGGCAAACAGCCUGGAAGACCUCUAUGUGGAGCAUGCUGGGGAGAGCAUCCUCUACCUGUGGGUGGAGAAAAUUAGAGAACUCCUGGUGGAGAAAUCCCAGAGCUCAGAAACAGUGGAUCAACCAGAGAAGGUGAACGUUACGGCAGAGGAGGAGGUGGAUGAUGAAGACAUACCUGACUUCAGGACUCUCAAACUGAACACAGAGAAUGCACAUCUCUUCAUGGAUCAUUCAUACGAUGAGGAGUUACCAGCAAUUAAUCAUGGAAAUACCAUCUCAGACCGACGCAGCACCUUCCAGCCGCACUUGGCACCUGUGGUGACCCCCAGACAGGUUAAAAUGGUCCUGGAAAAGCUAUAUGAAAACAAGAAGAUUGCUAGUGCCACUCAUAAUAUUUAUGCAUACAGAGGCUCAGAAAUAAUUGGACGACUGACUGGCAGGCAGUUUAUAUGGCCUGGUGUGGCCUGUUCCCUCGUUAUUCCAGGACAAAUGAAGCGGAUACAAGGUCUGGAGUUGAUUCCAAGGGUUGAACCUGCAUUUGGUAGCUGCUCAGUGGAGCUCUCAGUAUGAAGUGUUUGAUGCAAAUGAACGAGGCCAUCUCCUUUGGCCGGAAAAACACAAAACAACCUCAUCAGAGAGAGAGCAACAAAUGUGGCCCAAUUAAUCAAACAAUUUAGUACAUUCCCAAAAAAGAAGGAAUCUACUGCUCGGCAACAACAAACGGCCUCGAAGACCACGGACAACAACUGAGGUGGAUGAUCGCGGAAUUCUUUCCCCGGUGAAGAAAACCCCCUUCAAAACAUCCAGCCAAGGAAGCAGACGUAUCAUCACUCUGGAGAUUCAUCAUGAAUGUUAAUACAGAGGAUUUACAACAAGAUGCAAACCAAUGGUAACACUCAAGGCCAGAUCAGAAUUUGCCCCCCCAAAAAAACAUGAUCCAAAGCAUAACCCAUCGUCUGUCAAACAUGCUGGAGGCAGCGUUGUGGCACGGUCGUGUAUGGCUGCCAGUAGGAACUGGGUCACUGGUGUGUAUUGGGGAUGCGACCGCUGAUGGAAGAAGCAGGAUGUACUCUUUACUCUCUGCUCCCAUUCAGCCAAAUGCUGAAAACUGACAGGACGGCACUUCACCGUAGUGCAGAUGAUUAAUGGCCCAAAACAUACUGCAGCAGCCACCCCAGAUCUCUUCGGGGCAAAUGAAUGGGAUAUUCUUCUAUGGCCAUGUCAGUCACCUGAUCUCAACCCAAAGGAGCUUUUCACUUAGGGCUUUUUCACCCUAACCCUAACCCACUCACUACAAAGAAUUUUCAUCCAGACAUUGAAAACAAUCCUUUCGUUAUGAUUAUGUUAGUUUGUCCAAGUAAUUUUGAGCCUCUGAAAAUGAGGGACUAUCGGUAAACCCCUUUAAUUAAAGCAACAAGUAUUCAAUCACA